AUGUUGGAACAUGCUCGGGGCACCAAGUUCUCUAUGGAGUUUCAGUCCCUUCAAGAGAAAGCCCAGAAGCACGGCAAACAGCCCAAAGGGAGGUUGCUUUUGUGGGUUGUGUUCCAGCGGUUUCGUUUGGAAAAGGAUCGUGGUACCGCCCUCACGCAACAUCACCUGUUGUCGCUUACAGUGCAGGGUUCGGAGGUCAAGGGUCUGAUAGAGUUCAGGCAACGUUUUGACUUUGUGUGGGAAGCGUUGGAGCCAUCAGAGAGGCCCAGUGACAAUGCUGUUCGGUCCCUUUUGUUUGAAAACCUCAAAGGGCGCCCCCUGAUGAGCCUUCACAUCGACCGUUUCCGCAACUCGAGCAGUUCCUCUAGCAAGAGGACGUGGGAGUGGUUAUACGGUAAGAUGGUGGAUGUUGUCGACAUUGCCCAGUUAGAGGAAAACACGGCGUCCAUUAGUAAGGCCCUAGCAGGAGGUAACAAUCGUGUUGCAGCAAAUGCGGCGCCAAAAGCCCAGGCGAAAGAAAAAGCAAAGCCAAACAAUGGGGAUAAGAGCGAGCAAGACAAAGCAAAAGAAAAGAAGGAGCGGGAGAAAGCGAAGAAGAAGGAGAAGGAAAAAGAAACGAAGGAGAAAGCGCGAGCAGCAGCAACAGUGGCAACGAGCGAGGCGGCAACGCCUGCUCCCGCCGCUCCUGCAAAAGGCAAAGGCAAAGGAAAGGAUAAGCCAAAGUCGCCACGCGCCAAAGAGGAAAAAGCCAAGUUGCCAUGCAUGUUCUUUGCGUAUGACUGUUGCACUCAUGGAAAUGCGUGUGAGUAUAUCCACGAUAAGAACAACCUGUACAAAGGGCCUAAGCCCAGGGGCAUCAAGGCUUCUGCAGGUGCAGCAACAGUCGCGGCAGGUGUUGCCAUGGCAAGCGCGCUUCCAACCGCAAAGGGUUCUUGCGUAGAAGAGUGGCAAUGCGGCAACGCAUGCCCUUCAGAGCAGGAGUCCCCGAAGGCAUUCACGACAGUCAUGACGGCUAUGGCGUGCCUUGACCCGGGUGGGAAUGCCACUGGAAUGGCAGGUGUGUGCACCAUGAACCAGACUAAGAAUCUCAUUUCCAAGAAACAUUUGCCUGAAGAGACCCAUGAGAUGUUUUCCAAGGCACCGGAAAAGUUGCAGUUCUCAACUGGAGGGGGCACCCGUACAGGCUCCCAAGCAGUGAGGAUGAAAGGAGACCUUUCAGGUGACAAUGUGUUCUACUCCCUAAAGGAUUGUCCUCCAGCUCUGAGUGUAGGCAUCCAGGUGAAUGAACACAAGCGCCCGUGGAUAUGGUUUCCUGACCAACUCCCUUUCUUCGUGAAAGCUGACAGAGUCCAGGAUGUCACCUUUUUCUGCCCUGAAUCAGCAAAGAUCUAUGCAGAUCGCAUUGAAGAAAACGUGCCCGUCCUGAGAGAAUCCGUCUCGUGUUCUGCCUUGCCCGCUUGUGGACGCGCUGUCAAGCCAGAAGCGGAAACGCUCAUGGCUGCUCCAUCAGAACCGGCGCCUACACGGGAUAAGCCUGUAGAGUCUGGCAAGGCAGAUGCGGAAUGCUUAAGGUUGAAACCGGAUAGCUCCCUGCCGCGUUUUGGGGAAGAGGAUGAACUCACAGCCUGUGCUGAGCCAAUCCCGGGUGGAGGAGAUGAACCAUUGGAUGAGGAAGAUGCCGAAGAGCACCCUGAAUGGACCCCUUCCCUGCGAGAGAGGCUCAUAGCAGCAUCAAAGAGCUUAGCGCAUCAAUUGACACAUUAUCCCAAAAACCGGUACUGUGACAUUUGCAAGCGUGCCAAAAUGACUGCUAAAGUCCAUAGAAGUAGGAAGGACGAAGGGCCCGAUCCUGAUGACACUCCUCCCUUGCACUAUGGGCACAGGCUCCGGGCAGACCACAUCAUUCUCGGUCAAGAUUUAACAAAAGGCUCGGAGGGAGAGCAGGCCUGCUUGAUUGCUUAUGACGACUAUAGCGGUUGCUACGGGGCUUUUCCACAAACCAAUAGAAGCACAGAUCAGAACGUCUCAGUGUUGCGAAAAUUUGGUGGCACCAGGGCCCAUGGAAAAGCGCUAUGCGUGGUCAAGUCGGAUGCAGCUUCCGAGCUCGUCGACGCAGUGAAGGCAUUGAGCUGGCUGCCGGAUCCAGGCGUACCCCAUGACCUUUUUCACAACUCACAACUCGAGCGAGCCAUCAGGACGUUCCCUGGGAUCUUUUGCGGAUGGCGUUUGGACGCAGGCUACAAGUUUCGUGGAGUUCACUUGGUGCUUGACUACGACUCGCUACGCAAAGAUGAAAGGGGUUGCGGAAGACCGAUCCAAGUGUACGCGUCAGAGUUGGUUGUUGAGAAACUUUCCCUUUUCAAGUCAGAGGCAGCAAUGCCCAUGCUUGACGCUCGAGAAGCUUUGCCUUUUGAAAAAGGAGCCCCGGAACCCAAAGUUCGCAAACGCAAGACAUAUGUGACAUUGGAAAGGGCCCUUCGUUUCGGCGUAACUCUUGGGUGCAAGGGCUGUGAUAGGAUAGCAGAAGGCGUGCCACACAAUGAUGCGUGCCAUGAACGGUUUCGGAAGCUUUUAGAAGACGAGGCCGCUGCGCUGAAGGCUAAGGCCAAAGCAAAGGCCGACGCCGCGCGUCCUGCUUCUGAUAGUGUUGCCCCAGCCGCGCCGCUGCAACCAUCUCGUGAGGCGACUUGCCCAGAUGAGACGAAGCAAGGCGUCAAAGGGGCUGAUCUAGACUACUGGGAUUUUGAUUCCAAGCGCAUGGCAUGGAAACGAGUGCAUGUCAAGCCCCGAAAACGUUUGUACACCCCUGUAGGCCGACAUUGUCCUUUUGAUUUCCAUCUUUUGUCUUCUGCCCGAGAGACAGAGUGGAAAUGCCGCGGCAAAUUGUCUACUUUCUCCGACGACUGGCAAGACAAGAGCCCGAAUAGACGCAUUUCCUCUAAAAGUUGGGUAGGGGCCACAUGGUUUUUCCCAAAGAAGGAGAUUGACCCAAACCAAGCCAAGCUUGACACGAUGAAGGCCAACGCAGAAGAGCAACUCAAACGCUCACCCCUCAAAGGUGCGCAAGCGGUAGCAGCAAUCCUCCACGAUCUAGAAGCCUUAGACCCAAAAGCAGUCCCAAGCUUUGGCUCAACUUUGACUGGGGACUCGGCCCCUACCAGCGCGAGUUCUCAGACCAAGGUCAAACGCAACAGACGUGCCGAGGAUGCCACUUUGUUUGAGUUUUGCUGCGAGCCUGAUUCAAUGUUAGGCCAGGUGAAUGAGGAGAACGAAAUCAACCACUUCCGUUUGACAGAAAGCAGCUCGGACAUGUCGUGUCCAAAGCAGACGGAGUCUUUAAAGAAGCUUGUCCAGCUCUUUCCUGGUUGUGACUUAUGGGGCAGCAUACCUUGCGGCCCAUGGAGUCAACUGCAGCACCUCAACAUCGCACGCUUGGGAAAUGGCUUCCGAGAGAAACUCCGAAAGAAGCGGCAACGCUCAAGGAGAAUCUUGAAGAACUUCAUAAGCGUCGCGGAAGUUGUCUUAGCUCAAGGGGGGCAUGUAAGUUUCGAGUGGCCUCAAGGCUGCAGCGGUUGGGCUCUACCCGAGCUUACCCAGUUCAUCCAGAAGCAUGGCUUGUUCACUGCGGUAACGCAUGGAUGCGCUCAUGGCCUGAUGGAUGAUGAAGGGACGCCGCACAAGAAGCCCUGGAGGGUUGUUACCUCCUGCUGGAAACUUGCCGACAACUUGAACACCAAGCGCUGUCAACACCCGCCGGGCUUUCAGCACAGCACCAUUGAGGGAAGCAAAACUGCAAAAACUGCCAAAUACACCAGGUCUAUGGCCACAACCAUUGUGCACAGCUUGUACCCGCACCUCUCCUCACAAGUGGCAGCAAUGCCAGUCAUGCCGUCUUCUCCACACUGCCAUGUCCCUAGGACUCCCCCGAAGGACCAAGAGAUGAUUUACGCUGGCAUCCACCACUUGAUAGAUAGAAAGGAUUGGGGCAAACACGCAGGUGCUCAGGAAUGCAUAGACGGAGAGGCCAAGGGUUUGAUAUCCAACGGCACUUGGGACUACAGGGAAGUAGUUUCACGCAGGGAUUUGUUGGCUAGAAAAGAACCCCUCAAUAUUGGCCGCCUCAUGACUAUCUUGAGCAUAAAGCACUUUGAAACGCCAGAGUUGCGAAAGCUAAAGGCUCGAAUCGUUUUCAGAGGCGACGACAUUAGAGAUGAAGCGAACAACCUGGCAAUCCUGCAAGAACUAAAAGUGAAUCCCACUGGAAUAGUAGGUAUUAACUUCAACCUUGCUUACGGAGCCAUCAAAGGUCACUGUUCGUCACAAUCUGAUGUGGUUAAGGCCUACACGCAAUCAGAUUUAAACACGAAAGUUCCCACGUGGGUCGAACUCCCGCGAGAGCUUACACCGCCGGAGUUCCGAGGAAUAGAGCGCCCCUGCGUCAGACUCUGGAAGUCCCUUUACGGGCACCCAGAAUCUGGAUUUCAUUGGCACGAAAGGUUCAAGCAGGUAAUGAGUUUGAUGGGAGGUGAACACUCUGAACUGUUCCAAUCGUCAUUCUGGUUCCCCAAGACUAGGCAGCUACUAACGCUGUACGUUGACGACAUAGUUUUAAGUGGGCCCAAAGAUACUCAAGCUGCAUUCUGGGAAGAGCUCCAAAAGCACCUAGAUAUUGAACCGCCAAGUGAAGUAGACAGGGUGUUAGGGCGGAAGCACGUCUACCAGCGCGAAGGCAACACAGUCAUGACAUAUGACAUGUCUGACUACUGCCGAAAUGCUUGUGACUUAUAUGAGCAACUGUCGGGCCGGAAGCUCAAAGAGGCGGCAACGCCCUUUGUUGCUGAAGGUUCUCUGCUUACAAGCGACUGGGAAACAAGGGGGCAGCUGUCAGAUGCUGCCAGCAGAGUGUUGAUGAAGAGCCUGUGGCUCGCACGCUUAUCACGCCCUGACGUGAUGAAACCUCUGUCAGACCUUACCCGUCGAGUCACUUGCUGGAGCAUUGCGGACGACAAACGGCUUUUUCGUUUGAUGUGCUAUCUCCAUUCAACGCCUGAGCUCUCUAUCACCCACACCAUGGGCGAUGAACCAGAAAACCUCAAACUUAGCCUGUACACGGACGCCGACCACGCUUCUGAUGUAGAACAUGCUCACAGCACGUCCGGGAUGAUACUCUGUAUAGAAGGGGAACACUCCUUCUGGCCACUGUGCUGGGCCAGCAAAAAGCAGACGGCGACCAGCAGAUCAACCACUGAGGCCGAGAUCAUUUCACUGAGCCCUGGAGUGUUCGGGGAAGCACUACCCAUGCAACAGUUCAUGGAAAAGGUCUUUGGCCGAGAGGUGCUAUUGCAGUGUCAUCAGGAUAACUCGGCAGUCAUACAGAUAGUCCAUGCAGGCUACAGCCCAAAACUUCGGCACGUGAGUAAGACUCACAGGAUUGAUCUGUCAUCCCUGUAUGAAGUCUAUGAGGACCCGUAUGUGCGCUUGACGUACAUAAACACAGAUAAGCAGCGCGCCGAUAUCUUUACGAAGGCUCUGGCUCCAGCAAAGUUUCCUGCGGCACUCCAGCUACUCCAAAUGGAGUAA